AUGGAUCCCCAAUCGAAAAGCCCAUACAAAAAAGUUUCAAGUGAUAAGAAGAGAAGAGAGAAAGUGAAUACCAAGUGGGAGGAACUGCAAGAAGUCGUGCAGGGACCCAACGGCAAGAAGCUCUCGUAAGUUUAACGCAUUUUGAGCAUUGUCAUAAAAGGCUUUUAAUUAUUUCCAGACAAAACGAUCUCCUGAUCGCUACGAUCAACCUGAUCUCGGAUGAAAACGAUCCGAACGCGACAGAAGCCGCUUCCACGUUUCUGGACGUUUCCAAGUUGGAGAAGAAGGUGGAGAACACGAAAGAGCUGCGGAGAUUGCGAGAGAAGAACCGGAGGGAUCGGCAUCACGGGGCGUUCGAGGCCCUCCGCGCGAUUGUCAUUAAGAAGGGAUACAUCGGAAGGGGAUACAAACGGUGGGUUCACAGUGCUCGAGAACCGUUUUUAUUCUUGUUGUUUUUGCAGAGAGAACCUCGAUCGCAUGUCGAUUCUUACCAUCGCCAUCAACUACAUCAAGGAAAUGAAGAAGCCGGCGACUCCAACUCCAUCGCCGCCGCCACCGCCGCCGCCCGCACCCACCGCUGCUCCACCAGUGCUCGCCGUGCCGCCUGUCGAUCCGAACCUGUUCUUCCAACAACUCGCGCUCAUAUGCCAGGCCUAUCAGGUGCUUCUUAAUGGUCAGCAGCCACAGCAGGAGGAGCAGCAGAGUCAGAAGAGCCCAAAAGUCGUUCAGAAGAGUAAGAAGGAGGAGAAAAGCGAGCCGGAAGAGGAAGACAUCCACGUUGAUGUUGUCGGAUUCAAUUAA